CGGGCUGACGCCAAGCACAAGUACCUGAUCGCGCUGUAUACCAAGGACGAGUACUUCGCCGUGGCGGCCGAGAACGAGCAGGAGCAGGAGGGCUGGUACCGCGCCCUCACCGACCUGCUCAACGAGGGCAAGGCGCACCCGCUGCCCCCCGAGCCCAAGAGCCCCGGGGAGUACAUCAACAUCGACUUUGGCGACGCCGCCGUCUACUCUCCCCCCUCGCUGCCCGCCGACAGCCCGGCCUCCUCGCUGGGCCCGGGCACGGGCCAGCGGCGCUCCCCGCUCUCCGACUACAUGAACAUCGACUUUGGGUCGCAGUCGCCCUCGCAGUCGGGCACGGUCUCGGUGGGCUCCCUGGAGGCGCUCUCGCCGGGCUCUUCCUCCAGCACGAGCCAGCACGACGGGCGCUACCUGAAGUCGGCCGUGGGGGUGGCUUGCCUGUCCAGCCCGUCCGACAGUGGGGAUUACACUGAGAUGACCUUCGGCAUGGCCACCACGCCACCCCAGCCCAUCGCUCAGAAGCCAGAAAGUGCCCGCGUCACGAGCCCCACAGCGGGGGUGAAGAGGCUCACCCUCUCGGGGGUGGAGGCGUUCAUCCUCUCCAGCCCUCCCCCCGACCCCAACCGGGGGGCCAAGGUGAUCCGCGCAGACCCCCAGGGGCGACGGCGGCACAGCUCCGAGACCUUCUCCUCCACCACCACUGUGACCCCCGUGUCCCCCUCGUUUGCACACAACCCCAAAAGGCACAACUCGGCCUCGGUGGAGAACGUGUCUCUCAGGAAAAGCGAAGGCCUGGAGGAGGAGCAGGGCAGCAGCCCCAUGUGCCGGGAGACCUCGGCCGGCUUCCAGAACGGCCUCAACUACAUCGCCAUCGAUGUGGUGGACGGCACCCUGGCGAACUGUGACAAAGCCAGGUCGAAAGGCAGGCACGUGCUGAACGGGGGCAUCAACGGGCUGGAGACGAGCGCCUACGCCAGCAUAGACUUUCUGUCCCACAACCUGAAGGAAGCAAGUGCUGUGAAAGAGUGAAGGAGUUAGUUUUAUCACCAUGACCUCAAACAACAGAGUACAACAUUCAAAGAAGCUGCUCGGCAUUUUUUUUUUUUUUUUUUAACUGAAGCUGCUUAAGGUUUACUUUUGCUGUUAUCGUUGGUCCGGACAGUUACUUAACUUUCAAACUGUUGUGGGCUAAACUGUACAACAAAUCUGCAAGGAAGGGAAAGCAACCUGCCUAACUCAUUACCUGUCAUUGGCAUCUACAAUACCAUUUUGCUGCUGUUUUGACAGAAGUUCAAGACGCUCUUUAGCUAGUUGGAACUUUUCUGCCGGCCUCUUUAACUACAGGCCAAUGCCUUCAUUUCCUUUUUCUGCAAAGACAAACUGUAUUUAUUCUUCGGCAUAUUAGGAGAUUCUGUAACACCUGCUAAAGCAGCGAAAUCUGGUAUUUACUGGCAUAAUUUCAAGCCCAUCACAGUACUACCUCAGUUCAAAGUAAAGCCGGAUUUGCAGUGUCGGUGUGCGGCAGGACCUCCUGUAUCUCUGUGCUGAGUAUCUCAAGAACAGUCAUCGGCCUUACCGAACUCGUACCGAGCUGCUGGGUGGUUCUCGAUCCCUAGCUGCAGUGUUUACUUAUCAGGCAAAGCCUGACGUGGGCACUAAAGAGCCUAAUAUAAGACAAAACUCCGUGCAUUGGACUUGGGGCGAAGGAUUAAGUAUAGUUAAAAUGUGUAACUUAAGCAACAUAAGUUAAAAAUAUCAAACUGUAUUGGGGGUAUCUCUCUUUACCUUUGACACACUUGUUUUAUCCUCUCUAUGUAGGUGUUUAUGUAGGUACUUCAGAUUGCAAAAGCCUUUUCUCCUAUUUACAAACUCACUUUUGUCAGCUAACCCUGUCCUUAGCUGCAUUUCUUGUAACCAAAAAUCCACGUAGACUUGCUAGAAAUGCAGGGAUGAUAAUGGAUGCUGGACGGAUCGAAGCGCUAAUGUUAACACAGUAUUACCUUGCUGUUCAGAAAGUCCUGGUACUUGCCUUCUGCCAGAAAAGUGGCAUUGCAGCUACAGGCA